GGAGGAGGCGGCACCCGCGCGCGGCGGUUUGGUACCGAGCGAAGAGGGAGAUGCACACGGCACACUCGAGCUGAGAAAACAGAAAUGAAGGUUCAUAGGCACACGCAAUUUUGCCUCAUUUGUUUGCUGACAUUUGUCUUUCAUCAAUGUCACCAUUGUCAUGAAGGUGAACAUAGUCACAAUGACUGUCAGAUCUCAGAAAACGAAAGGACCGAGCCUGAACCAAGUAAGGAAGCUGAAGUUAAACAGAAAUACUACAUUGAAAAACUCUUUAAUCGCUAUGGUGAGAAUGGAAAGUUGUCGUUUUGUGGCCUGGAGAAAUUGUUGAUGAGCCUUGGCCUUGGAGAAGUUAAAAUAGUAGAAAUAAAUCAUGAGGACAUUGGUCACGAUUAUGUUUCUUACUUAGAUGUACUAGAUACACAGGAAGGAAAGCAUUCUCAUUCCCACAACCAUCUUCAUUCCCAUAAUCACCUAAGCUCAGAAAAUCAGACUGCAAACGAAGGGUCUAGCAAAAGGAGCCAGAAGUGUGAUCCAGUGAAAGAAGUUACAGAAGCAUCUUUGAAACCUGACGGUAGACAUGCUCAUGAUUAUAAUAAUCACAGACACCACAAGCAUCAUCACCGCCGUCAUGUGCAUCGCCACAUGGACCAUAAUAGUACUCAUCAAUCUCAUAAUGACUCCAUUAACACCAGUGAUCAUGGGGAACCAAGUCAUGAGCCUUCCACAGAAACCAACACUACUCAGGAACAACCUGAAAGAAAAUUACGUAAGCACCCUAAGAAAUGGCGGAAAAUGAAGAACAGGGAAGUUUCAAGAGUUACAACGCAAGAUUUUACUCCCAAUCAUGACUCAGAUGAGCAAUAUGAACAUAAUCAUGUCCACAAACAUGACCACAUGCACGAUGUGUCUUUCUCACAUGUACGUUUUCAUGAACACAAUAAUGAUCAUUCAGCUACUCAUGGACAUCAGGAUCCAAACCCUGCCAGUGGGGAUGGGUAUCGACAUACCAGCAAGCGAGAGGCACCUGAUAAACGAAUCAGCGUGGGGAAACAUGCUAAUCACAAGAACCAUAAUGAAGAUGACCAUCCUCCUGAAGAGUGCUUAAAUGUCACGCAGCUGCUAAGCCAUUAUGGUCUCCACCCCAGUUCUCCAAUUUCUCCCAGCUUGUUUACUUAUCUGUGUCCUGCAUUGCUGUAUCAGAUUGACAGGCGACUUUGUAUUGAACAUUAUGAAGAUCUGCUUCUUGAAGACUUGAAUAAAGGAAAAAAUGUGUCACUUGGGAAUAUGGAGAAAACAGGUGCAUCAGCCUGGAUUUGUGGCAUCAUUUCUAUCACAGUCAUUAGCUUGUUGUCCUUGCUAGGUGUGAUCUUGAUUCCUAUAAUUAAUCAGGGAUGUUUCAAAUUCCUCCUCACCUUCCUGGUUGCUCUUGCUGUAGGAACCAUGAGCGGAGACGCGCUACUUCAUCUGCUGCCACAUUCCCAAGGAGUCCACAAUCACAGUCACCAUGAGGGCCAAGAGCACCAGCAUCUGCACCAGCAUGAGCACCAGCAUCUGCACAGCCAUUCCCAUGAGCAUGGAGGAUCGGUUCAGAACUUCCUAGAAGAGUAUGAUGCUGUACUAAAAGGACUUGUGGCCCUUGGGGGGAUUUACCUUUUGUUCAUUAUUGAACACUGCAUACGAAUGUACAAGCACUACAAGAAACAAAGGACCAAACAGAAAUGGUGUAAGAAAAAGCAAAAGGUUGAUGAAUCGCCAAUUGGAAGGAAACUUUCAGAUCAUAAACUAAACAGACCUGAUGCUGACUGGCUUCAACUCAAGCCACUAGCAGGAGCAGAUGAUUCGGUGCUAUCUGAUGAUCGACUUAAUGAAACUGAAUUAACGGAUCUGGAUGGCCAGCUUGACUCUCUGCCAAAGGCUUUCCUGUCCACUACCGAGGAGGAAAAUCGUAUGCUUCACUCCCAUAAUGACAUCUCUCAUAAUAUCCAGAGCAACAAUCUUUCAGAUGUGGAGUAUGGGAACCAUCAUCGAGAUGUUAAAAUCAUAGCGAGGAAGCACAACCACCUCUGGCCACAUAAACAUUCCCAUCACUCUCACGGACACUGCCAUUCGGGCAAAGACUUAAAAGACACCGGAAUAGCAAAUAUUGCCUGGAUGGUAAUAAUGGGUGACGGGAUCCACAAUUUUAGUGACGGUUUGGCCAUUGGAGCUGCCUUCAGUGCUGGCUUAACAGGAGGAAUUAGCACAUCCAUAGCAGUGUUUUGUCAUGAACUUCCUCAUGAAUUGGGUGACUUUGCUGUACUUUUGAAGGCAGGCAUGACUGUGAAGCAGGCCAUUGUUUACAACCUCCUCUCAGCAAUGAUGGCUUAUGUAGGAAUGCUAAUAGGAACAGCUGUGGGACAAUAUGCCAAUAACAUCACUCUCUGGAUCUUUGCAAUCACUGCUGGCAUGUUCCUCUACGUGGCCCUUGUGGACAUGCUUCCAGAGAUGCUUCACGGGGAUGGAGACAAUGAAGAACACGGCUACUGUCCAGUGGGUCAGUUCAUCCUCCAGAACUUGGGGCUUGUCCUGGGUUUUGCCAUCAUGCUGGUGAUUGCCCUUUAUGAAGACAAAAUAGUGUUGGACAUUCAUUUUUGAAAAUUUCCAGUACUCAACUGUGAUUGCAGCCAUGCUACUGUAAGACUUUUUUAGUCUGCCCUGUGAUACUGUAUGCAUAUCAGUUCCCAGACAAAGCAGUGACACACACUGAUUUAUCAGUAACAGUAUUUUGGUAUCUGUAUAAACAGGCUCUGCUUUCUUUUAAGAAAGGAAGAAACAAAAGACUUGACUCAUUUGGUUCAACGCUGUUGUUUUUUUAAAUAAAAAAUCAGGUUGUGUUGGAAGCAGAACAUGUAAACAUGAUGCAUGAGAUGCUGUUACAAACAUAUUGUUUCUAUUUGGCUCUGGCCGCGUGCAGCAGAAAUCACAUCCCUUGCUGACAAAGCGUUUUGUGUUGUACUUGAGCAAAUGACGAGAGGCACCCCUAUCCACAGAGCCCAUGUGUCAAGCUAUGUCAUUCUCCAGGCUCCUUGUCCCAGCCUGUAACACACACAGGCUUGCAACUAAAAUUAAUUGGCAGUGCACAACUAGAACCAUUCUGGGAGGGGUUACCUUUUUAAUGGGGUUUAAACAAAAAACAAAAAAAGAUGAAUUGUUUCUAGCAUGUUAUCAGUGGAUUGCAUUUGCUCCCAGCCUUGUUGCCUGCUCUCUUGGCUCUUUUGCACUGUGCUGAAUGGUGUGACCAAAGUGAAACCAUGUGUUUUUCUGGUUCAGCCACUUGAUUGAACUUUCCUCCCCCUUUUUUCGGUCCUUGCCAAUCAGCUGUUUAGUACAGGGUUUCAAGCACACAUUCUUGUCUGCAGCCACUGCUACACAGCUCUGCAGUUAUCGGCUCCUUUGCAAAUUCUGGAGCCCCUUCCUUAUUAUGUUGGCGAUGCAGUAUUGCACUCUUGUCCUUUUGAAGCCCAAGGAAAAGCAGGCUGUAGAUUUCUGAAUCAAGCCUUAGGGGCCUGUGUACCUCUGGGGUGGGGGGGGGGUGUUGAAAAGUAUUAGCUAUUUAAUGUUAGCUUGUGGACAUUGGUUAGCAAAACGCCGGAUAGUUAAAUAUUGCUUGUGGACUCUCCCCGAUCCCCUUGCUGCAGUUGUGUAACAAGUAGCAGUGCUGUUUGAGCACUCAGGUUGUAAGUGGUUCCUACUUUCUACUCCGUUACUAAUGGAGUGCCUGCAUCAGGUUUUUCUGACAGCAACUCUUUUUUCAUGUCGGUUUACAUGAUUCCUGGGAAUAGUUUUGAAUGUAUGACUUCAGUGCCACACUGCCGGAGUUUGGAGCACCUGCAGCAGCUUGACAUUGGGAACUUUAUCCCCAAAGGAGAUUAUUUUAAUUGUUCACUUUUUUAAUUCUGCUGGGCUUUUAUCUAUGUCUUUGCUGCAGUUGGGUUCCUUCUGUAAUGUAGAAGUCCCAGGGUCUCUUCUGAGGAGCCAAGCGGGUGAUUUCCUAUCUCGAGGGUGCUUCCUGCUGGAGAGGGGGACCAUUGUAUCCUUGACAUCUCCCCAUAUGGCUGCAGGGAUUCCUAGAAACAGUGUGCAAAGGAGGAGUGUCGCAGAGAUGAAAUAGGAGCAGGCCUUCCACGACAGUAAAGCAGUUGUCUCAGCCUCAUGGCAUGUGCAGAUUUGGGGAAAAGCCUUAUCUCUGCAGGAGUUAGCUUCACCAUGGGGAAGAAUGUUCGUGCCAAGCAACUAUUAACUCCCAGAGACAGAUUGUGAGAAGAGCAGGCUCUUUCAGCCCCAUGAAACAAGAACACAGUGUAACAGUCCUAAACAAAGCUUGGGAGUUAGUUUCUUCCAGCAUUUUUCUUGCCUUUUUUUUUUUUUUAAUGUAUAUAUAUAAGCUGAGCUGCAUAGGAAGGUUGGUGGGUUUGUUUUGUGGGGGAGGGAGGUACUUGAUUCCUAUCAGAGAAUUCCUAAAAAUUAGAAAACCAAACAAGCUUUCAUUCCAGUUUGUUUUUUGAUCGUUCCACUUACUUUUCUCCAGACAUUCCUGUGUUUAUGUGACUUUGUCUACUUUAAAGGUGUGUUGGAUGAUGGUGGCUUUUGUGGGAGGGAUAGAGUACUAACAAACAGCAGCGUUUUGGCUAGCUGUUGGCUCCAUAGAGAGGAUUGGACCCUACUCUCUUACCAACUGCAUAUCCACUGGGAUCUCGGAACAACUGUAAGGACUAUAAGGUUGGGUCUUAUUUGGUCUUGCUCUCUUUGCUGGAGAGGGUAGCUCAUCUAUAGCUAAAAAUGCUUCGCCCCAAGCUAGAGGAGGUGACUUCCUUUUCCUAAGGUUUGGGCCCUUGGACUUGUUUUAUUAGAAUCUGGCAGAGGGCAUCACUGGAGUGAGACUUUUAGUCAGGAAAAAAAAAAAAGAGUACAAGACUUUUGAGGCCUGUUUUUGUAAUUAUGAAUAAAUCUUUCUCUACUUCAGGUAGUACUUUUUCCUUUUGCAUUUUGCUGGCAUGUGCUAUAUAGUGUGAUGUCAAUCUGGGGAAAAGAAUUAGUCCUAAGUAACAGAUUUUAAUUUUUUUUUUUUUUUGAGAGAGAGAAAACUCUACAAAACACAGGUCAUUUAGUGGAGUGUUAGGAUUUUGAUGGGCCUUCAGGAGAAAAUCCUCCCUCAUUCACUUGUGUGCCUGUUACGUGUUUUGAAGAGCAGCCCUAGCUUCUCCUAUUUCCUUGGGCAACGAAUUCCCCAACUUUUUGAAAUACAAUUAAGUGAUCACAUUUGGGACAAUCGGGAUUCCACUACAUUUCUACAUGGAUUCAUCAUUCCCUUCCGCUGGAGUCCAGUCUCAUUUAAAUGUGUACUUGUUAGAGGGCGUAAAUGUUACUUGUAUCUUACAAUGCUGUCACUGUGUGACAUCCCAUAUUGAUCACACUGCACUGAAUCAGCUGUGAUGAUGAUGAUUGCUUAGAAAAUGCUGUAGCAUCCUAGGAUGCAGUGUGACUUCUUUCCUUACGGUUGAAACAAUGUGAUUAUGGUCCUGAAAGAUAUUUGAGAUACAGCUUUUGGAAU